CAUGGCUAGCUUGCAAAGGCAGCAUAACACUCUCAAUAAAAUUCUUGAGCACACAUCAAUAAGGUUUAUUUGUCCAGAAUGUCUUCGGGGAUUCCCGCGCCCCUAUCUAUUAUACCGCCAUUUUCGAGAGCAGCAGGACGACAUCCAUAAGGGCCUCAGCAUGAGAAACACGGACCAUCAAACAUUCCUAUUGUGUUAUCAAAAGGCCCUCAAGGCCUCCAUCCCUGCAGGGCAGCUGCCAGUGGAUUCAAAAUGCUUUGAAACUGCAUAUAUUGUUGAGCAUUAUGAGGAGGAUGCUGAGAUACAUGAACAUAUAACUCCGAAUACAGCCAGUCCAUCAUCCUCGGCUCUACCUUCUGAUUAUCUACCGCAAGGAGCGAUACUUGACGAAAGCACGGUGUGGAACAACUGGGGAAACGUCAAUCCAGGGUUUCAAGAUGGUUUCAACUGA